CAGCUGAGUCACACAUACAUUUGAUUCAGUUCUGGUGCGAAAAAAGAGCGACUACAGGCGAGAAAUUGCUGUCAGUACACUCAUUAUUUGACCCCAGCUGCCUCUGACACUGCGGCGAAAGAUGUUGACGGUAACACUGAAGACCCUCCAGCAGCAGACAUUCAAAAUAGAAAUAGACCCAGAAUUGACGGUGAAUGCCCUGAAGGAGAAAAUAGAGAAGGACAGAGGAAAAGAUGCAUUUCCUGCUGCAGGACAAAAACUAAUCUAUGCAGGCAAAAUCUUAAACGAUGACACCCCGCUGAAGGAGUACAAAAUCGAUGAGAAGAACUUUGUCGUGGUCAUGGUUACCAAGCCUAAACCAGCCCCUCCUCCUCAAGCAGCCCCACAGCCAACGCCCCCUCCGCCUGCAGCUCCAGCACCACCCUCAACACAAGUGCCCUCCACAGCGACCCACGCAGUGUCUGCACCCACGCCUGCCCUACAGUCUAUCCCUGGCUCUGAAUCCACAUCCCCAGUCCCAGACCACACACCUGUUGGUUCUGUCGAAGCAGCAGCAGCAGCAGCCCUUGACUCGAACUCCCCCACAGACUCUGCCCCGGACUCAGCCCCAGACCCGGCCCCAGCCUCGGCUUCAGCUGCCACUCCGGCAUCUGCGCCGGCCCCAGCUCCCGAGGCUGCGCAGACGGCCCCGGCCCCCGCGGACCCCCCAACCCCUACCACCCAGCCAGAAGAAAAGCCGAGGGAUGACCCCGAGAACGAACCAUCUGCUACUUCAGAAGUCCUUUCCACUGCUGCCAGCCUCGUCGAAGAACUGGGUCUCCUUGAAGAGGCAGCGUCUAUUCUGGUGACGGGUCCAGCCUAUGAGAACCUGGUGUCAGAGAUCAUGUCUAUGGGUUACGAGCGGGAGCAGGUAGUGGCCGCGCUCAGAGCCAGCUACAACAACCCAGACCGAGCAGUGGAGUACCUACUCACGGGUAUUCCAGUGGAGACCAGUGAUCCACCACCUCAGGAGCCAGUUGGACCCAGAGCUCCGCCCAACCCCGUCGCCCCUGCUACACAAGAACCACGACAGCCCCCAGCAACCUCAAACACAGGGCCAGCGCCCGGCAGUCAGCCUCCCCCUGCUGGUGGAGUCUCCGUCUCAGCAGGGAACCCUCUGGAGUUCUUGAGGAACCAGCCUCAGUUCCAGCAGAUGAGACAGAUCAUCCAGCAGAACCCGGCCCUUCUACCGGCCCUUCUGCAGCAGCUGGGCAGAGACAACCCGCAGCUGCUGCAGCAAAUCACGCAGCACCAGGAGCGUUUUGUGCAGAUGCUUAAUGAGCCACGAGGUGGAGACACUGCAGGGGAGGGGGCCGAGGCCCAGGGAACCCCACAGACAAACUACAUCCAGGUCACCCCACAGGAGAAGGAGGCCAUUGAGAGGUUAAAAGCGCUGGGCUUCCCUGAAGGGUUAGUCAUCCAGGCCUACUUCGCCUGCGAGAAGAACGAGAACCUAGCUGCUAACUUCCUGCUGCAGCAAUCAUGGGACGACGAGUAGCCGAGCAUCACCUGACAGGUCGCCGUUCACCAGAGGGCCGCAGAGCAGGUGACUAGGCAAGGUCCACCGGGGGAGGAACAAUGUUUUUCACGCCAUGUGACUGUGCGUCGGAUGCUGUGGGUGAUGGAGUUUGCUGCUCUACCUCCCCUCCAUAGAGCCGUGAUGAUCGUCACAGCAGCUCGGGCUGCGUCUCACUCCUGCUAUCAUUACCGCCGCCGCUUGUGCCGAGUGAUCACACUGAGAGAAGUGAAGCCGGUACGACGCCAACAGUCUGCAUCACCUUAACAUAAGAUAGCCCAUUGCUGCCAGUAAAAUAAAAAAAAUAAGAAGAAACCUAGCCUUGAUAAUAUAGAUACCCCGUGGUAAGUAAUACUGAGAUAAAAGGUCAAAUUUGUGAGAAAAAGAGGCAUAAUUAUGACAUAAGGAGUCAUUAUUAUAGAUAUGAGAUAAAUAUGUCAGUUAUAAGAUGAAAAAGUCACAAUUAUGAGAUGAAAACCAAAUAAUGAGAUACAAAGUCAUAGCUAUGAAAUUAAAAGUCUAAAUUAUGAGAUAAAAAGUUAAUAUUACGACUUUACAUUUUUUCUUCUACUUGCGGUAAUGGGAUUCUGUAUUUACAGGCCGAACGGCUUAGGUUUAGAGGGUUUCCUCUGCAGUCAGCUCACACACGCUGCCUGUAGAACUUGUGUUGAACUUAGACUGUACUCCAGAAUAUAUCCGUCGUGUAUAAAUACACGAUAAAAACGUGCAUUUACAAACCCCUCCAUGUUGGGUUCACCUCAAAAUGUGAUGCAAACUGUUGACUUUGCUGUUUGAGAGCUAGCAUUGCUCUAUAUCAAAGUUCAGGUCGGAUAGUUUUUUAUUAUUCUGCUUCUUUUAUUCUUGUGAAAAAAAUGCUUAGCUAACACAUGCCAAAAAUGCUGCUGGUGUUUUGACCUUUCAUUAACGGCGCUGAUGUGUUUCUGUGUGGUUCUAUCCGAGGAAAAGGACAUCUGCAAGGUGACUGAAAAUGCAGCUGGAGUAUUUGAAACUGUAUUGCCCAUUUCUGCCAGAACAAGAGAAAAGCAAGAUGAAAUGUUAGGAAUGGAAAGUCAGAAUGUUAAGAUAAUAACUCCUAAUUUUGACCUCUCAUUUUGACUUGUUUUUUUUGUCUUCGUGUCAUUAUUUUGACCUAAGGAGAAGUACCCCUAGGCAAAAACAUUGUUUUUUCAUGCUUUGGUCAAAGUAGAGAUUUAGGGCUACAUUGGCCAGUGCAUGAAAAAAAUAUAAAUGUUUGAGAUGGUAAUUUUUAAUUAGUUUAUCUUAGAAUUUAGACUGUGAUUUUGGAAGUAUUUUAUUUUUUACUAUUCUUAACUUUUUUGUUUAUCUACACUUUUUUUUUUCAAUGGCAGAAAUGGGCUUCCAAUUGCAGAUGUUCAAAUUUUGGUAGAAUUCAUCACAACACCUUGCACUUUAUUUUCCUACAUCCGAUGACUUAGUUGUGCAGUCGAGCAUCAUGCAUUAUGAUCACUGGCUUUCAAAAUGGUGUGUGUGCUGUGGUGUUAUAUUUAUGUAUUAGAAGAGGACCUGGAUGCAGCAUGUGAAUUGUCAUCAUGGUCUUUCACUGUGGAGGGUUUGUUUGUUUGUUUAUUUAGCAGAUGAAGGAAUUGAAGGAUGAUUAUGAAGUGCCACAUAGCAUGUACUUUGAGCCAAACAUUUGACUUUAAAAAACAAAAGAAUUGUAUUUUUUCUUAAUAUUGAGUUAGCUGGAACGAUCAAACACUUCCUACUUUCAGACAAUCUGUUUCUGUACCAUUUGUCUCAUGUCACAUCUUCUAUGCAUCUUAAAGCUGUCAGACUUUGAGCCAUUGCUCCUUCAUGCCUUAUGAUUGUCAAAGACUUGAACGCUUUUCAUUUCACAAAUGGAGUUAUAGUUUACAAUAAAGUGUUCUAGGAUUGGUGAUCACCAUUACUGUUUUAUGUAUUGAUAAUGAAUCAGUUAUUAUUUCAAAAGUGGUUUAAAGGGAAUUUGAAAAAGUGCUUGAAGCCAAAAAAAAUAAAUAUAUAUAUAUAGAUAUAUAUAUGUUUUUUUCAGCUUUUAGCAUGUACUUUGCUGUCUCUGCUUUUACUUUAGCCUUAUUGUGUUUGAACUGGAAAUUACUGGAAGUUUUGUAUUAUAAUGUAAAUGUGGUAUACACACUUUGGGGUGAAAAAGGGCACUUUACUGUUACAAAUGCUGUUCUUUAGCUGUGAGGGGUUGUUGGUUGCAUGCAAUUGUUACGGAGUUAUUUAUAGCAUGGCAGUGGGUUGGAAUGAUGAAACCACCCGUGUGGUUUUGCUCUCUUGUUUUACCCCCUUUCUUUCUUUUGGAUUUAUAAAAAAAAAAACAUAGAUUACUACUUUAAAUACACCAGUUAAGGUUUUGCCUAAUUGUUGUGAAAAACUUUUGUUAAAGCACUGUGUAAAAAUA